GCAGAACUUUAACACCAUCUAGCGGUUAAUUUAUACACAAACUUUUAAUUCAAUCCAAUAUGUCAAUAAGAAGUUGUGAUACUUUGUUUUUGUUCAGAAACUUUGUCAGCAAGAAAUCGUGUACGUUAGCGAGUGGCGGAUAAAGUGACAUCUUUGUCCGACGUCCUGCGCAGUCCCGGCGGUUUCCACCGUGCCGAGCCUGAGAGGGAAACUUACCGACAUGGACAGCGGCAGAAAGAAGGUGGUGUUUAAGUGGAUCCGAACAGCAGUAAGCACAAGCACACCAUCUCCAUGGAAUAUGUCACCGAAUGAAGAUUCAACAACUCUGCCCCUCAGCAACUCUCCAGGACCUGAAGGCCUUGGAGCACUGAGUCUGGAUACCCCUAAGAGAAAAGCGCUGGUGCUUGAUGAAAGCACGCCCUCUUCAGGCAAACUAAAACUAAGGAAGCUUUCCAGGAAAAAUUUUGAGCAAUUCAAAACGUCAGAGGAGAAACCUUUGGACAGCUCACCCAGGCAGCUUGAAUUCACAGCGAGCCAGCAAGUAUCAUCACCUUCACCUCACUCUUUUGCCUUGAAAAAAAAAGAGAGGACACCCGAAGAGGGGUCGAAGGCUAUCUACAGACGGGCUCUGAUUGCAGCCAUUGGCAGCACAGGAAUAACCGGCAGCCCCACAGAUAUUCCGAGGACCAGACUGUCUCUGCCAUCUGUGUCUUCACCAGGGAAGACUGAAACAGCCAGUCCAGUGUCGCUUGACAGAAUGGUCACAAACAUAAAGUGUUCCUCAAUCGAAGCGGGGAAUAUAUCCGAGGACAGCGGCACUUUACAGGAAGAACACUGGGAACAUGGCACAGUCCAUCAAGACCAGUGGUGCUCUCUUCAGACGUUUGAGGACAUUGAAGACCACAGUGAUGACUCUCAGCUAAGAACAGACGGAAGAAGUGUUGUGCUAAAAGGACAAGAUUCGCCUAAGAACUUUGUUGCUCUGGACUUUAUUGAAACAACCUCUCAAGAAAAUGGACAGGAAGCCAGGGACUGUGACUUGUCUCUCCCUGACCUGGAGUAUAUCCCAGAGUCUCCGUGUUGUUUCAUGACCCCUCACAGAGGCUCUUUUGACAGCCAACACUGGGAAAGUCCUUUAGUGAAUAAAGAGGCUACUACUCCCUCUGUUACCUUCUCAUCGCCUACUAAAACCACUGGACCCGUCCAGGAAGCUGCUGAGAACUUGGAGAUGCCUUUCUCAUCACCACAGAGGACAGUUUUUGUUUCAGUCAAGCAGCCCCACUCAUCAAACACAGCCCCUUCAAAGGGUUCCAAGGUUGAGACUGAGAGUUUCCACUCCCCCAACAUUAAGACCUAUUUAUCGGAUCCCUUUUCUCUGCCACUUCGCUCAAAAAGAGGAGUAUUGGACACUCACUUGAACCCGAGGGCCCCACGCAGGCGGUCAGACGCUGGCUCUUCCAUGCGUCGCCUCCCCUCCAACUUAACUCACAGUGGCACUCCUAAAAGGAGAUUAUCCCUGGGGGCAGAGCCUAUGUGGAGCAGUUAUCCCAAACAUGACAGUGAUGUUGGAUUCAUAGACUCGCACUGCCACAUAGACAUGCUCUAUGGAAAGCUCGGCUUCUGCGGGACAUUCAACAGCUUUCGAAGGCAGUACAGAAGCAGCUUUCCUCCAGAGUUUAGAGGCUGUAUCACCAACUUCUGCAACCCGAGGAUCAUGGUGAAGGAGGCCUUGUGGGAAGGUCUGCUGGCUGAAGACAUGGUAUGGGGGGCGUUUGGGUGCCACCCCCACUUUGCCAAAGACUACUCAAGUGUCCAUGAACGCGAUAUACUGAUGGCCAUGCGGCAUCCUAAAGCUGUGGCAUUUGGUGAGAUGGGCCUGGACUACUCCCACAAGAACUCCACAGACACCCACAGGCAAAAAGAGGUGUUCGAGCGUCAGCUGCGUUUGGCUGUGGCCAUGCAGAAGCCUCUGGUGAUCCACUGUCGGGACGCAGAUGAUGACCUGCUGGCAAUCAUGAAGAAGUGUGUCCCAAGAGAUUACAAAAUCCACAGGCACUGCUUCACCAGCAGUUAUCCAGUCAUUGAGCCUUUCCUGACAGAGUUCCCCAACUUGUACGUGGGUUUCACAGCCCUCAUCACCUACCAAAGGGCCACCGAGGCCAGAGACGCUAUCUGCCAGAUCCCACUGGAUCGCAUCGUGUUGGAGACAGAUGCACCAUAUUUCCUGCCAAGACGGGUGAAGAAAGACGUCUGCAAGUUUUCACAUCCUGGAAUGGGCAUCCACACGCUGCGAGAGCUGAGCCUUCUGACGGGGAAGGACAUGGCCACGGUCCUCAGCACCGUCCGAAACAACACCCUUCAGCUCUACGGCGUAUGAUCUUCAGAGACGAUUUCUCAGUCGUAGUAGAGAUGCAGGAAAAUGGAGGAGCAGUUUCUUUUUAUCUGAAAGACUCAAACAAAUAAAAGGCAAAAAAGCAAUGACUGUGUGAUAGAAAUACGGUAUAUUAUUGUUUGUCUGAUUCUGUUUGACUUCAUUGUUCAUCAUAGACAUUAAUUUCUAAGCAUUUUGGUCGUUGUAGUUUGUGGUUUUUGUUGUUUUUGUUGUUUUUGCUGUAUUGACGUAAUGUGACACCUCUUGUUAGAAUUUCCUUGGAUGUUUGUCUUGUCCGGCCACUGUCAAGUUUGAUUUGGUUUGAUGCAGUGGUGACGUAUUAAAGGCACUUAAUCCUGA